AUGUCGCGAAUUGAAGAAGUAUCUGACUUUGAUGAGGAAGAUGGGUACAAUUCCAAGGCUGGUGAUGUCUACCUAGCAUAUAUUGAUGCCCCGGUGAAAGAAGUUGACGAGAUCACGGUUGAAGAUACAUUCGUCGGUGGAGAACCAAUCUGGUUACACCCUAAUUCAAUCCCCCCCUCUGACAUGUUAAAAUGUGGUGCUUGUAAAACUCCUGAUCAUAUGAAGUUACUACUUCAAGCGUUCUCUCCGUUGGAUGAGGAAACUAUGGAGAGCAUACAUUCCACGAUAGGGAAAAACUUGCAUAUGAAUCAUAUAAACGCUGAUAACGAUAGAGUCCUAUACGUUUUUAUCUGUACUAAUUGUCAGAGAAAGGGCAAUUCUGUUCGUUGCAUAAGGGGGGUCAAGAAGAAUCCAAGAACAGCCUCAUUGGAAAGCAAAAUUAAAGACACCCCAGAGGGGAAAGAUUUCAAUAUCAAUCCUUUUGAUCUAUCACAGACAUCCAGCCAAUCACAUAAUACAAUGGCAAAUAAUCCGUUUGCCACAGGGACGGAGUCCGUUAAUCCAUUUGCAAGAACCGAGACCCCUGUUGUAGAGAAAGACGUCCCUGACGUGGAACCUCUCUCCUCGAAAAAUGCGAGGAAACUACAUAAUUCUUUAAAAGAUAAAUCUUUUGACAGUUCCAAAUGUUUUAAGCCAUUUUCCUUAUAUGUUGAAGAGGAAAGAUUCACUAACAAGCCCGACCAUUUGAAAUUACCAAAAAAUUUAAAGAUUGAUAAAGACGCGUUGGAGUUAACUGGCAAUAAUGAAGAGGACCUCAAUAAAGAUCCAAUUCGCCUAGACCCAAGAACAGAAAAACUUUCCAAAUUUUUAGAUGAUGAUGUUUUCCAAAAGUUCCAAGAAGUUGUAGGUUAUAAUCCGUUACAGGUUCUCAGAUACGAUAUUGGUGGCAAACCACUAUACUAUGCAGAAUCGAAAAAGAAAUUUGAAGAAAUAGUGGCCAACCCAGGUUACAAUCCAUCAAGUUGUAGGAUCUUUGAAAUGCAACUGAUGCCAAAGCUUAUUCUAGAUCUUGAUGAAACAGUUUCUGUCAACGACGGUAUGGUAUGGGGCACAAUUAUGGUCUUUACUGAUGCGGAGGACUACAUCCCAAAGUUUGAUGAGAACAACGUUGGUUACGUAGAGGAAUCUGUGACUGUCCAAUGGGAACCAAGCAGUUAG